CCUUGCAUGUAUACUAGAUAAAACCUACUCGGGGGCUUGUGACCCUUUGACGAGUGCUUUAUAGGCCAUAUUGACUCGAACCCAGUUAGAUUCCAACCCGGACAACCCGGACACGGGCCAACGCCCAAGCCCGGAAUCUAUGCCCGGAACUCGCGGACUUCGGGAAACCCUCACAAACCCACAAACCCAUUUUGAUUUGCAUUCGAGUGGUGAGCGCUGCAGUAGUUGUCGUCGUGACCCAGCGUGGCCUCCCGGGGCAGACUGGCGACCAUAUUGCACCGUUCACCCGUUACCGGCCUGCACUGACGAGUUAAAGGGAAAUGUCAAAGCCAUGCUUUUGCUUGGCAUUCUCCCGGGCUGGCUGACGGAGCACUACGUAGUGUAUAACGGCAUCAUGAAUGGUGCUCACACUUGGCGGCUCGGACAGGCUGAGACCUCUAGACAGAUCGACAGAGCCUUUCCUAUCGCGAAUCCCGAGAAAGCCUUACCAGGCAAUGAUGCAGGGCGAGCAACUGAGCUCUGCAAGCCGCGAGAUACUUCGGGGCAUCAUUUGUCUGGCCACAUUUGCAGCAUAGGUUCUUUCGUUGCUAAGCCCAGUGUCAGCAGAGCCUGUCAAUAGGUUAUAAAUUGGCAAUUGCACGCAGUUAGGGAGACCUGUUCCAGCCACAACUUGCUUCAUUCAUCCGAUCCUUUUCGGCAACGGCCAUCAGUUAUCGAUUAUCGGCUCACAUUGAGACCCCUGACUCACCUCCGCCAUCUUAUGGCCUGUCUA